AUGAGUUCAUCAUCAUCAUCAUCAACAACAUCACCAUCAUUACCAUAUUCAACAUCUGCAUGUUGCUCAGCCAAUCAUAUUAGCGAACAAAAGAAACAGGUCGAACAACUACAACAGCAACUCAUUGAACAACAAUUGAAACAACAACAACAGCAACAACAAUCAUCGGAAUUCUGUAAUCUCGAUGCACAAAAUCAUUUGAAAAAAUGUACAAGUAUAGAUAGUAAUAAUAAAACAACAACAACAACAGCUACUACAAAUAAUGUUGUAUCACAACACAGUGCUGUACAACAACAACAAAAACAAGCGGUAAAUCAACAGAUACAACAGAUAAAAGAGAAGAAGCUGAAGCCAAGUUUCUAUCAGAGACCACUACCUGCACACCUCAUUGCAUUCUCCUCGGAGGAAGGAAGAAAACUCUUUAGAGAAUCACUACAAGAUGGUCACAUGGAGGGUUAUUUCUCAUUGGCAGAACAAUUUGUAUCUCAAAGUGAACCUGCAUUUUACAAACUAAAACAAACUUAUCAAUCAACAACCGUUCAUAGUUUGUGGAUUGGCAACAUUGGCAAUGGUUUUGAAUGCUUUGAAAAUCGAUCCAAAGAGACUGUGGAAAGGUCCUUGGCGAUGGUUCGCUGA